UAUUACGACAACAAUAUAUUUCCUACGAUUAAGGAACAAAAAGUUUUUGAAAAAAAUCUAUUCAAUCGAACUCAUAGAGCCAACGCAGAAAUCAUCAUGUUAGAUGGAAUCACCUGUUUAUACAGAAGCAAUGUGGAUUUGUUCUUUUACGUCAUGGGCAGUUCGCAUGAAAAUGAAUUACUAUUGAUGAGUGUCUUACAAUGCAUGUAUGAUUCUAUCAGUCAAAUUCUCAGGAAAAACGUUGAAAAACGAGUAGUACUGGAUAACUUAGAUGUCGUUAUGCUAGCAUUAGAUGAAAUUUGUGAUAAUGGGAUUAUAUUAGAAGCAGAUUCAGGAGCAGUUGUGCAGAGGGUCGCUUUAAGAACUGAUGAUAUACCGAUUGGAGAGCAAACAGUUGCUCAAGUUUUCCAAUCAGCAAAAGAACAGUUAAAAUGGUCAUUAUUAAAAUAGCAUUUAUUUUAUACUAAUGUAUCGAGUUUAAAUUUUAAUAUUUUAUAUUUUUGUUUUUCCAUU